AUGUCUUCCCUAAUGUCCAAGUUGUGCCCCCGCUGGAACUACCUAUCUAACCACUUAUUAGACGUAGAUGGCAGAAUUAUCCUAAUUUGGCAGCAUCCUAUGCAAGUCCAGAUUGUUAAUCAAAGCAGACAGUCAAUUACCUGCCUUCUUUCACUGCCUAACCAGGAAGCUUUCUACUUCACAUCAGUUUAUGCCUCAAAUGAAACAGCAGAUAGAGUUGAUCUUUGGGCAGAGCUUCUGCUUCUUCAUGCCACUCUUGACCUUGAUAAUAACAAGUGGAUGAUUGGAGGUGAUUUCAACCAGAUCAUUUACCCCUAUGAACACUCCUCUGACUCAGUCUCUGUCCCAGAUAUCAGCAUGUAUCAUAUGCGUGAUUGCUUGCUCCAAGCUGGCUUGUUCGACCUGCGGUUUAACGGCCCAAUUCACAUGUGGACUAAUAACCAACCUGAGAGCCCCAUUGCUAAAAAGCUAGACAGAUUGCUGGUGAACUCUGCGUUCCUCUCAACCUUCUCCCAUGCCUAUGCCUCUUUCCUUCCCCAACUCUUCUCUGACCACACCCCAUGUCUAAUCGAUCUUGCCUUCUCCCUCCCUAAAGCUGGAACCCACCCUUUCAAGUUUCAAAACUACCUCACCAAACAUCCCAACUUCUCUGAGCUGAUCCUCGACGCCUGGGUUCGGACCGGAAGCAUGAGCUGUAACCUAAAGCAUUUCUGUUGGAAACUUAAAAUCAUCAAGAAUGAUUUAAAGCGAUUGAACAAAGAUAAUUACUCAAAAAUCCAAGAGAGAGUGACUGAAACUUACGGUUUGUUACAAUGUGUGCAGAUCCUUCCUACAACAUCAUCGCCUACUGCUUGGUUUGCUGACUUGACCCCCUUCCGCUGCUCACAUGCCCAAGCUCAGGCAAUGCUCACCUUACCAACAUCAGAGGAGAUUAGAAAACUGUUUUUCAAACUUAAUCCAAACAAGUCUCCAGGGCCUGAUGGACUGACCUCAGGUUUCUUUAAAGCGGCAUGGGAUGUAGUAGGAGAAGAGGCAGUGUGCUCAAUCCAGCAUUUUUUCUACUUUGGCUUCCUUCCUGCUACCACAAAUGCCACUAUCCUGUCUCUGAUCCCAAAGUUUCCAGGAGCGUGUAGAGUAUCUGAUUUCCGCCCCAUCUCUUGUCUCAAUACAGUCUAUAAAGUCAUUUCUCGCCUUCUAGUUGCCAGACUCAAGCCAAUACUGCCCCAUUUGAUCCUCUCCUGUCAAACGGCAUUUGUGAAGGACAGAUUAUUAGUGGAAAAUACGGUGCUUGCAAGUGAACUAGUUCAUGGCUAUCACAAGAAUAAAGGAGAAAAAAAAAUCACCAUUAAAGUGGACAUUGCUAAGGUUUUUGAUACCAUCUCCUGGGAAUUUCUCUUCUCCUGUCUCCAAGGCCUACAACUGCCUCCGCCAUUCAUCUCCCUGCUUAGAGCAUGCAUAUGUACCACAAGCUUUAUGGUUGGUUACAAUGGAACAGUUAAUGGAUUUUUUAAAGGAAAAAGAGGUCUUAGGCAAGGGGAUCCCCUCUCUCCAUACCUGUUUGUAAUCGCCAUGAACUGUCUCUCCUAUAUGCUAAAUCAGGCGGCGGCUCAAGAGAAAGUGAAAUAUCACACUAACUGUCGAGCCAUGAAGCUUACUCAUCUCUCAUUUGCCGACGACCUGCUUAUCUUCAUAGAUGGAUCACUGGAAUCUGUGCAAAAUGUUCUUCAGGUGCUACACGAGUUCGAACAGAGAUCAGGCUUGGCAGUGAGCUUUCAGAAAACAAGUUUCUUUGCCUCCGGCCUAGAUGACAGUGAAGUUGCAACUAUACAAGCAUCAACGGGUAUGGUUUGUGGAACGCUGCCGGUGCGGUAUCUUGGGGUCCCUCUCAGCUCGAAGAAGCUCAACCUCGCAAAUUGCGAACCUCUGAUCCAUCAGAUAAAGGCUAGGCUCUCAAACUGGUCAGUCAAAUCCCUCUCUUUCUCUGGUAGACUGCUUCUCAUCAAGACAGUAAUCACUGGCAUAACAACUUUUUGGUGUUCUGCUUUUAUCCUCCCUAAAGCCUGCAUAUCAAGAAUUAACUCUCUUUGUAGCACUUUUUUAUGGAAAGGCAAUAUCGAUAGUCAUAACUCUGCAAGAGUGGCCUGGGACAGAGUGGUACUUACAAAAUCUCAAGGAGGACUUGGAGUGAAGGAUCUUUAUACUUGGAAUAAAGCUUGUUGCCUGAAGCUAAUAUGGCUUCUCUUCUUCCGAGGGGGCUCAAUCUGGGUGGCAUGGUUUAUAGAAGUCAUUUUACAAGGGUCAAUUCAUAACUACUGGACAACCAAACCGAAAGUCUCAUUCUCCUGGCUUGCGAACAAGUUGCUGAAAUUAAAGGAUGAAGUUUUCCAGCUUAUCAAGCAGAGACUAGAGAAUGGACUUACGGCAAGAUUUUGGUUCGAUAAUUGGUCUCCCUUCGGGAACUUGGCAGCUCAUCUUAAUCUCUCAUCUUCACGACUGGGAAUCCCUCUCAGAGCAACUGUAGCUUCACUCCGCAGGAACGGCCUUUGGCGAAUCCCUCAGGCAAGAUCAGACGCACAGCUCGAGCUCCAUGCUUUCCUUACAACAGUUGAGUUCUCUGAAAAUGAGGAUUAUUAUGAGUGGGAAAUCGAUGGUAAGGUCUCAAAGAAGUUCAAUACAAGGGAGGCUUACACUUUCUUGCGAGGAAAUAUUGAUGAAGUUAACUGGUCCUCCAUAGUAUGGACGCAAUACAGCAUACCUCGACAUAAUUUUCUUGUUUGGCUAGCAAUUCUAGAUAGAUUUCCCACCAAAGAUCGACUUAUAAAAUGGGGAUUAAACGUGCCACCGACUUGUCUUCUUUGUAACUCAGCUGAAGAGGCUCGGAAUCACCUCUUUCAUGAAUGCAACUUCAGUUUUGAUCUGUGGUCAUUGAGAGAAAACAGGCUAGGGAUUCAGCCAAACCGACAAUGGGAUCAUACAGUCAAUCAGAUGAGGCAGUUACCUCGACAACGAGCUCACCGGUCAAAGCGACUUCUCAUCCUCCUUGCCUGGCAAUCGACGAUCUACUGGACUUGGUCUGAGAGAAACACCAGGCUUCAUCAGAAUACUUUCAAAACGGUUGACGCUAUCUUCACUGUGGUUGAUCGACAGCUUCGGAAUAAAAUUCUCAGUUUUAGAGAAACGAAUCCGGUUCUCUCCUCUGCCAUGAUGCAACAAUGGAUCUGA